AUGCUACUGAGGGUUUCAGUCUCCAGCUCCAGAAAUUUCAGAAAUGAUCAACUGGAAGAUAUUUCACAAGGAAGUACAGGAAGCGUGAAGUCCAGUCAAGGAACCAAAACUACCAGCGUAAACAGACUUGUUACCAACAACCCAACCCCAGACAUGCCCAAGGAGGGAAGCCGCGUCCCCAACCGCGGCCUGCGCCACCGGGUCCUCGCUCCGCACAAGCUGCGGGACCACGGCCUGCGCUUAACAGCACUCGGCCAAACACCAGGAUCCGCGAGGAGAUCCAACACCAGGGCAGACCUACAACGAAUCCCGGGGACGCCUGACCCAGACCUCCUCCUCAGCCCCGGAACCGCCCUCCCUGCAGGGCCGCAGCAGAGGCGCCCGGGCCUCGCUCCCCUCCGGCGGAGGGGCGAUACCCACGCUCUGCCCUUCCUCGCCGGCUCCCUACGGGACUCUCAGCAGGCUAAUAUAAGAUAUUUAUCUGAAUGGAAUCAAUGGAGAAGAACUAGUCGGAAAUCAUGGAAAAAAGUUCUUGAUGGAGGCAAGGAGUUAUUACCUUACCUGGAGCUUUGGCGGCAUGAUAUUCACAGCAUAGAAGGUAUUUGUCUCGUUAUGUUGGUUUCUGCUGUUUCAAGCUGCUUCUGUUACGGAUAGUGUGUAGUUUUACAUGUGUGUACGUAGUUUCAGAUAUAACUGUAUGUGUCUGAGAAGUUACCUGCUUCCUUUAU